AUGCAUCGUAAAUAUAAAAGAAUCAUUGGAAGAACUGAAGCCAAACACAUUGUAAUCAUGCUGGAAAAAAUAAAUGAAGAAUCUGUACAAAUUCAAACUUUAACUGCAAACAUUGCCGAAAUUGCGAAUGGAAUAGGACGAGAUGGGCUAGAACAGAUAGACUCAAGUGACAUUCAGGAGUUGCUUGAAUCGCAAGAUGAAGAUUUGACUGAAACCGACUUGGAGGAAAUGUUAAAUCUGCAGCCGAUUGAAGAAGAGGCUUCAACAAGCACUGGAAACGUGACAUUUAAUUUGAAAAAUCUUAGAGAAGGUUUAAGAAUGGCAAAUGAGCUUUGUGAUUUUUUUAUAAAAGUUGAUCCGUCUAUGGAACGAAGUCUUAUUUUUAAGAAGCAAAUUGCUAAUGCCACUGUAAAAUAUAAGUCUGAAUUGAAGGAUCUAUUAAAUACUGCCAAGCAAGAAAAAAAAUACAAAGUUCUUGAAACUAUUGCC